UUAAGGCGAAGGUGAACUUUACUGUGCGGCUGUAUUCCUGUGAUCAGAGACAUCUCCUGCAGCAGUCUGCAGUCAUUUUCUCAGUCUUUUUUGUAUUUGCUUGGAAGCAUCAGUCGACAGCCAUGUCGAAGACCUCGGAGCAGCUUUUGGUUCUGGAGAACUUCAUCGGGGGGAAGUUUGUGCCUUGUCGGAAUCACAUUGACUCUUACGACCCUUCCACCGGAGAGGUGUACGGCAAAGUGCCUGACAGUGGCGAGGAGGAGGUGGAGGCAGCGGUGGCAGCAGCUAAAGAGGCCUUCCCCGGCUGGUCUGAGCGCAGCCCGGAGCAGCGGGCGCAGGUCCUCAACAAGCUGGCUGACCUGAUGGAAGCCAACCUGGAGGAGUUUGCCCAGGCUGAGUCCAGAGACCAAGGUAAAACAAUCACAUUCGCGCGGAAUGUGGACAUCCCCCGAUCCGUGCACAACUUCCGCUUCUUCGCGUCCUCCGUGCUCCAUCACACCACAGACUGCAGCCAGAUGAACCACAUGGACUGCCUGAACUACACCAUCCGCUGCCCUGUGGGCGUGGCUGGUCUGAUCAGCCCGUGGAAUCUCCCCCUGUACCUGCUGACCUGGAAGAUCGCACCUGCGAUCGCCACGGGCAACACGGUGGUGGCAAAGCCCAGCGAGAUGACCUCUGUGACCGCCUGGAUGAUGUGCAAGUUGAUGCAGCAGGCAGGUGUUCCACCUGGAGUAGUCAACAUCGUGUUUGGCACCGGCCCGAGAGCAGGCAACGCCCUCGUCGGCCAUCCUGAUGUCCCACUGAUCUCCUUCACUGGCUCCACUGCCACCGCCCAGCGCAUCACAGAGCGGAGCGCCCCCUACUGUAAGAAGCUCUCGCUGGAGCUGGGAGGGAAAAACCCUGCUCUGGUUUUUGCCGAUGCGGACCUGGACAAGUGCAUCGAGACCACAGUUCGCUCCAGCUUCUCAAAUCAGGGUGAAAUCUGCUUGUGCACCAGUCGGAUCUAUGUAGAGAGGAGCAUCUACUCUGAGUUCCUGGAAAGGUUUGUAGCUGCAGCUAAGAAGUGGAAAACAGGUGUGCCCUCUGAUCCCGCCAACAACAACGGAGCGCUCAUCAGCAAAGAGCACCUGGAAAAGGUCAGAAGCUUUGUUGCUCUCGCCAAGUCCGAAGGCGGCACCAUCCACUGCGGUGAGGGAGUCGACCAGCUGGACCUCCCUAAGCGCAACGCCAACGGCUACUUCAUGCCAGCCACUGUUAUUUCGGGCAUAUCUGACAGCUCCCGUGUCAUACAGGAGGAGAUCUUCGGGCCCGUCACCUGCGUCAGCCCCUUCGACACCGAGGAUGAGGCUGUUUCCAAAGGCAACAACGUGCGCUAUGGUCUCUCUGCCACCGUGUGGACCCGGGACGUGGCGAGGGUUCACCGGGUGGCCAAGCGGUUACAGGCCGGUCUGGUGUGGACCAACUGCUGGCUGGUGAGAGAUCUGAACCUGCCUUUCGGAGGGAUGAAGAACUCUGGCGUGGGCAGGGAGGGAGGGAAGGAUUCCUACCACUUCUUCACUGAGGUGAAGACCGUCACGAUCAAACACUGAGGCAAGAUGGCAGCAGCAGCUGAGGUCUCCAUUGGUUACAACCAUUUUCUCUUUGGAGCAAGUUCAGAAAUGUGGAGUUAAUCUUGACAUUUAUCAACCUCUGUCUGCAGUUUAUAUGAAUUCCAACGACAAAUUUUGUCUUUCUGCCAUUCCUGGAUCACUGCAGCAUGUAAUGAAGUCACAUCUGUAGAUUACAAAAGUCCGAGAAGCUCAAAAUGGAACAAUGCAAAUGAAUAAAUUCAAUAUCAUAAA